AUGGCUGGUAAGUUUAAUUUUAAAACUACAUCAUCAUUCUUCCUAGCUCUGUGUUUAACAGUGAUCCUGUUUUUUACUUUGUCAUGCUUUUCUGCUGAUCCCGAUCCACUCCAAGAUUUUUGUGUUGCUGACUUAAACUCCACAAUUAAAAUUAAUGGGUACCCUUGCAAGCCGGGGUCUGAGGUCAGAUCGGAUGAUUUCUUCUUUAGCGGCUUGAUGAAAGGAGCAAGCACAGAGAAUCCCUUUGGGCUUGGAUUGAAGAGUGGUAACGUUCACAACUUCCCUGGGUUAAACACCCAAGGAAUAACGGUAAGCCGAAUCGAUGUUGCACCUGGUGGAAUCAUUCCACUUCACACACACCCUCGAUCAAGUGAAGCUAAUUUUAUCAUGAAAGGGAAAGUCUAUUUUGGGUUCAUAAGUACUACUGAUGUUUUGUACUUAAAGGUUAUGGAAGCUAAAGAGUUAUUUAUUGUUCCUAGAGGACUUGUGCACUUCGCAAAGAACGUUGGACGAGGGAAGGCUAUUGUCUUAGCCAUUUUUAAAAGUCAACAUCCCGGAUUUCCAACACUUCCUAAUAACUUCUUUGCUUCUCAUCCAACAAUUCCUAAUGAUAUUUUAUCUAAGAACUUGCUAGUUGAUGAGAAGCUCAUCAUUAUCGUAAAGUCCAAGUUUCGUAACGAAACUAAUUGCUGA